GCCCUCUUUGGUGGUCAGUGCUCUGCUCCCACGACCAAACGCGCGUGACAACAGAUCAUUGUUGCUCCUGCUGCUGACUGUAAAGUCCAAACAAACAUGUUUCUGUUCGCCGUCAAGCGGCGAUUUUACCACCGGGCUGUUUUCGUUCGUACAGCAUCCGCAGAGAGCGCAUCAGGUGGUUUUUCUUAGGUAGACUGACAGACCGUCGUUAUUUUAAUUUAGAGCGCAUCCAAAAAGAUGACGGAUGCAGAAAUAACGGAUUUACAGGUGGGGCAGGAGGUUGAGAGAUUCGGAAGUAACCUGCUAGAGAAUAAAAAACUGACCCGCCUAUACUGCAUGAAUGGCGGACAUCAUCUGCAAAUUCUCCCGGAUGGGACAGUGGGAGGCAAGAGGGACGAGAAUGACGUUCACAGUAAGACCAGAAAUACUCGAAUAUUUCAAUGGAUUUUGUGUUCUCAAAUGGAAAAAUAAAACUAUGUCAAUAAUAGAAAAAUCUGUCAUUAAUUCGGCUAUUAUGUUUAUUAAAUUGUUCAUCCAAUCAAUACAUUUGUAUUUAUCUGCAUAAUUACCUUUAUAUUAAACAAUAAUACAUAAUACAUUUAUGUUGAUACAUGCGUUAAUGGUUUGCAAAUGUUCACUAUCGACUUAAAAUAAUGUCCAGGCUCAUACUGUACAUUUCAGUACAUUUAAUCAUCAGUCUCCCACAUUGUAAUAAUGACCCAUAAUCAUUUUAUGGCUCAAUAAUGACAAUGUGGGUGUGAAUCACUGAAAGCCUAUCUCUAUCAUGAUAGGAAUGUGUGGGAUAUAUUUACACUGCAACAACACAGCUGGUUAUGUGCUUCAGAAAUAUUCUUGCAGCUCUGCAGACAAUUGUAUUAGUAAUAUGCUACCGUUAUUAAAAGCUCCCAGUGACAUAACAUCUACCGUUCAUACUGAGGCUAUUUAGAUGAGAGUUUUCUCAAAGGAAAGUCUGAAUGUUGCAUAAUGUCAUGAUAACCGGACUGCAACAACAACAACAACAAAGGUAGCUAGCCCCAGUGUUUCAAAUUGUAACCAACUUCCACAUGCUGACUACGUCACUGUUUCUUUUGGUCUGUCCUCUCCAAAUCUCCUCUCAGGGUUGUCCUUCUAGUUUGUGUCUAUUUGUUAUCAUGUGGAAGUUUAUUUUUAAGGAUGGUUGGAAUGUUUCUGUUGAACUUAGUUUGUUAGUUGUGGGGGGGAGGCAGGGGGCGCGUCCGUCUGUGUCAAUCUGACGUUGACUUGUGCCCUAUCCUUUCCUCAGCGGUCCUGAGGUUGAAAUCUGUGGACCAUGGUGUGGUUGUCAUCCAGGGGACAGAGGCAGGACUCUACUUGGCCAUGAGCAGUGAGGGAAAACUACACAGUUCAGUGAGUAUUAAACUGCCUGUAUGAAUAUGUUGUCAUGGUGACCCCUUCACCCUGCCUAACUACCCUAGCCACAAAGGUCACAGAAACAUUUUAAUACUUCUAUCCUUUUCAUUCAAACGGCUAGUUACGUCAACCUUACCAAUCUAUAGCCUUUGGCCACCCCCAGAACCUUACCAAUCUAUAGCCUUUGGCCACCCCCAGAACCUUACCAAUCUGUUUUGGACUAUCUGUAUCCUUUGACCACCCCCGGAACCUUACCAAUCUGUUUUGGACUAUCUAUAGCCUUUGACCUCCCACAGGUAAUCUAAUCAACGAUCAGCAUAUGUUUGUGAUGACUAAGUAUUCCGACCACCUGUGUUUCUGUCUCUCCCAUGUAGUCAAUAGUAACGGAUCAGUGUUAUUUCCUGGAGAAGAUAGAGGUGAACCAUUACAACACGUAUCAGGCCCAGAAGUACCAGGACAGGAGCUGGUACGUGGGACUGAAGAAGAACGGGAAACCCAAAUUAGGGUCCAGAACCCACAUAGGGCAGAAGGCCAUCUUCUUCUUGCCCCGGCGGUUGGAGGGCACAGGGGAGUGAAGGGGUGUAAGGCCAGGGGUGCAUCAAAUGGCCAAAUGUAGUGCACUAUAUUGGGAAUAGGGUGCCAUUUUAGACGCAUCCAUUCCAAGGUG